AUGGCUCUGGUUUUGUUUGCUCAUGUUCUGGUUGAGAGGUGGCUUGUUCUUCCUCCUCCCGAGCCGCCGCCGCUGGCCAUUACUCUAGAUCUGCUAGAUGUGGCUCUUAUGCCCGAAUCUCCUGACCCUCCCGGCUCUCUCCUCGCACCAGAUCUUCCAUCUUCUCUCUGUAGACUCCUUAUCUCUAUAGUUGAUGUGGUUCCUCUGUCUCUCUCUGGCUCGACAAUCUAUACCUUUUUCGAUCUGGUGGUCGUGUCCUUUGGAGGGAUCUUAGGCCUGCUCCUGUCUCUUCUUUAUGCGGUUUGA